AUGGGAUUAGAUUUAAAGAUGAGACUUCUUUUAAGCAAUACAUUUAUGUCUUUAGUGGUGGUUGUAAACUUAGCUUUGGUUUCCUAUUUGAAGGAAAAUGAUGGAGGUGAUUAUACACAAUUUUCAUAUAUCACUAAUAUUAGCACGACUGACCACGAUAAAUAUAGAAAUUAUUUAAACCUUGCAAUAUCCGCCUUUGUUUUGAUGUUGGUAGGAUUUCUUGUUGGAAUGGUCUAACCAUUUUUGAAACAAGCUGCUUUGGCUUAUGUGAUGGCACUCUUAAUAUUAACAGGAUAUGUAUGCUUAUUUGCAGGUGUAUUCAUAAAUGACACCUUCUCAUACAACUUUGCAGAUGGGAAAUCCUUUAAUUACAGUUUGGCGUCAUUCUUUGGUAUGGGAGGAGUAUUUGUCUAAGGAAUGGUAAAUUCUUGGAGAUAAAGAUCAGUUGAGUGAAUAUUUAUCAUUUAUUCAUUAUAUUAACCAUACAUCUUAAUUUA